AUGCGCCGCCGGAGAAAACGUGCGUUGAUCGCGGGCGAGUAUUUUUUUCCCGCGGAAAAACUCUCCCCGCGCGAACGUUUGUGUCGAAAAAAUAAACAAAAAUCAACAAGUCACGGCCACGUCGGCGGCCGUGCUACGGCCUUCGGUCCGUGGCGUGUCCGUGAAUCGUAUUGUUGUAUUAUAACCAUAGGUGCGGUAACCUGGUGAAUUUUCGCGGGUGUGAACAAAAUUUCGGACUCACCGAAAAACAAUAUUUUCAAUACAUUUUUUCAGUUUUUGUUUAUAAUUAUAAUUACAUUAUAAAAUUUUCAAUUUAAAAUUCUUGACAUGUUUCAACUGCAAACCCUAUGCCUAUGCGAAUAAUAAUAAUAUCAAGACUCGGAAGUAUUAAUCAGCGUUUGCAUAUAAUAUAAUUUUUGGUGACAUCUGGAACUUUCCAAGUAAGAAACAAAUUUGUUUCGUACUUCACUGGUGUCACACACGAAUCGUUUUGUUUCAUAUUUAGGACUUAUAGAACUGCAAAAGCGAAUCCAAGACAAGAUAACGGAGAAGAUGGGCGAUAUUUAAAACGCACUAUCAGGCACACACAUACAAUACAAAUCGAGCUCAGAGUAUGUCGGGGUCAAGAGUAAAUUAGGGAGCGAACGAGGGGGGCGAUUACCUCCAUAACCCCUCCCCUCCUGGAUCCGUCAAUGUUAUAGUUCUUUAUUAGGGCUAUUUAGUUAUGGCGCUUUGCUUUUCAAACAACACGACUAAACGCGUCCGAAAAAGACCGUCGCAUUCGGUCGUUAUCGCCGAUCUUAUCGGAUAAUUGCGUUCGUUGUCGAUAGUUCGAUUAUUUAUCGUUUAUCGUGUCGGAAUGUCGAUUUUAUUUCACAAAUUCUCUGAUUUUCAGCGCGUAUAAAAAAAAAAGCGCUACAAAUGUUAAAUUUUUUUUGCGUUGUUAUACUCGCGAGCCCUGAAUAUAACUCGGUGUGUUUACGUAAUAUUAGUAUACACACGUCGCACACUGCGCAAUGUUAAUAAUAAUUAGUGAGUUUUUGUUUACGGCCGGUGUGAAUCUUGUUUUGCGUACGGUGAUCCAAACGUAAAAAAAAAAAAAAACUACUACUACUACUACUACUACUACUACUACUACUACUUUUACUACUACGAGUACUAUACGCCCGCCGCACACGUAUAUUUUCAGACAAUUAUGGCGAAAACCCAUUUGUACAUACGAUUAUCAUUUUACACACGUCGUAGUAAUAGUAAUAGUAAUAAUAAUACCAUCGUACAGAAUGUAAAUACAGGCCCAUUAAUAAAUUAUUAUAUAUAUAUAUAUAUAUAUAUGUAUUACAUAUAUAUAAAUGGGUACAACUUGUAAACCAAUAAUUUUAUCUGCCGUGUGAGUAAUUCGUAUUUCGUGUACGUUGAGUUGCUGCAGUCGUGUCGAAAACGAUUUCGUUUUUAUUUUUGGACGCGAAUUAGGUAAGAAUCGCUAGACGGAGAAAUGCGCGAACACGACGUUCUAAUAGUCGGUCGAAUUCCCGUCAUACUUAUCGCUAAUUUUUUUUUUUUUGUACUUUAGGGUGCGUUAUCUUACCCGUCAGAAAUACAUAAAGAAAUUGAUCGAUCGAGUUUCAGGCACGUCUCCGAGGGGGUGAGUGAUCCCCCCCCUAGGCUCCGCACGAUGAUCCGUAUUUCACGAAAUAUUUAAUGUCUUUGAAUCUUUAAAUUGCGAAAAAAAAUUGGAAUGCACAUUAUAAUAUUGUGGCGUAGCGCCAGAUAGAACGGUCUUCUAACGAAAAAACGGUUCUGAGCGAAGUUUGGUUGAUAGUGUUGCUUUGUCAUCAAUAUAUAUGUCAUAUUAUGGUAAAACAAUUAAUAAGCAUUACAUAUUUUCUUUGAUAAUAUUUAUUUAAAUUAUACCUACCUAUUUUCCCGUAUUUCCUACGUUUUUCCCAUGUUUUUUCCGGUUUUCCUAAUUUUUUAGAAAAAUUCCUGGGAAAAAUCGAAAAAUCGCCUCCAUAAAAUACCUCCCAGUCAGAUUUUCUUUCAGAAAAAUGCUAUCAUUGUUAAUCGGAGCAAGAUUUCUGGUAGAAAAGUUGUUCACAGAUUAAAAAAAAAAUAUAAUAUUAAUAAUAAACAUCAUUUUAAAACCAAUACAUUCUUCGCUCCACUCAGAAUCUAAAAUCGUUUUUUUUUUUUUAUGGUUACACGUAAUUUGGUUUUACUGUCGUUCUCGCGCGUAAUAAUAUAGCAACAAACAUCAUACAUCACACUUCAACGAUUUCGACCUUCGAUUGAGUUUAUGGCAAAAAAGAUAUGUGUAUACAUUAUAUAAUAUUAAAUAAUAUUUAUUUAACAUAUUUAACAAUAUUUUAUAUAACAUUAAUAUAUAUUUUAUAACGAAGAGUAUUUACUAUACCUUGGCCAAUAGGUUUUUUUAAUAUUUCCGAUCGCUUGUAUAUGAAUGGUUAAAAUUUAGAUGAAUUAAUGGGGUGUCGUCAAAAUCUUGAACGGCAACGUCUGUUUGAACGGCAAAAUCUUGAAUCGAAAAGAUCGGCCGGAUCUAUUAUUUUUUCAAGAUUUUGCGGGUUCAAAUGAUUGUCAUUCAAGAUUUUGGCGUUCAAAUGUUUGCUGUUUAAGAUUUUACCGUAAUUAUUUAUUUAAGAUAUUGGCGAAAUUAUUUAUUCAAUAUUUUGCCGCUCAAGAAUUUGCUAUUCAAGAUUUUACUGUUCAAGGUGAUGCAGUUUAA